AUGAAACUUUUCCUGGAUACGGAUUCGCAUUUUUUCGGCUUCUAUGUCCUCCGUGAUUUGAUUCACGGUCGUAUGUGGACACAAACAGGGAACUUUCCUCGUGUCACGUAUUGCGACUUUGAGGCGAAGAAGACCGGGAAAAAUUACAAGUAUACAUUGCAAUGUGUUUUGCCACUGAAUCUUUUUCUGGAAAAAGUAUACAUAUUCCUGUGGUUCUGGAUGAUAUUUGUAGCAGUUAUGACCACAUACAGCCUACUUAAAUGGCUAUCGCGUCUAAGCAUUCCACAGAGCCGACAUCAUUUUGUGCGCAAAUUUCUCAUCCCAUGGAAACUUCCCAAUGGCUGUGAUGAACUGGAUCGACAAGCAUUAAAGUUGUUCAUUGAUCAAUAUCUUGAUUUGAAUGGAGUGUUCAUUUUGUGGCUUAGUUCCACUAACGCCGGUGAAUUGAUCUCCGGCGAACUGAUUGCUGCCUUGUGGGAUCUAUUCCGUAUGCGAUUGGCAAAUGUACAGUCAACUGGUAAAGUUGGAUUCCUCGGAGAAACAGAUUUUCAUAUGGACUGUUCAAACGGUGCCUUUCAGAGGUAUUCCCGUGAUAACUGUGGACCUCCAAAAUCCAUGGCGUCACCUGAGCAACCACGACUCACUGUUCUGGAUGCUAAAUCAUGGAAACCAACUCAUUUGUACAUGGGUAAUGCCAUCCCACCCUAUUGUACCAUGCCCAAACGUCGAAUUCACAAGCCCCGUGCUCCAGACAUCCCUGUAUCACGGUUCACAUCCCGCAAACUCCCUGGGCCGUCCUCCAGUAAUUUUCAAUCUGCACGUUAUUUUGUCAAUCCGGAUUUGGAUGAUUACCAUUCAAUGGAAAAAUGUGCAAUCGAUUCCAGUUUAGAUAGUAUUGUGUAG